AUGGCGGCCAGCAGGGGGCUGAUGAAGGAACUUGAAGAGAUCUGCAAAUGUGGACUGAAAAACUUCUGUAACAUCCAGGUUGAUGAAGCUAAUUUAUUGACUUGGCAAGGGCUUAUUGUUCCUGACAACCGUCCGUAUGAUAAGGGAGCCUUCAGAGUUGAAAUCAGCUUUCCAGCAGAGUAUCCAUUCAAACCCCCCAAGAUCACAUUUAAAACAAAGAUCUACCACCCUAACGUCGAUGAGAAGGGGCAGGUGUGUCUGCCAGUAAUUAGUGCUGAAAACCGGAAGCCAGCCACCAAGACUGACCAAGUAAUCCAGUCCCUCAUAGCACUGGUGAAUGACCCCCAGCCUGAGCACCCACUCCAGGCUGACCUAGCUGAAGAAUACUCUAAGGACGGCAAAUAA